AUGGGGGACGCGGCGGAGUGCGGCGUGAAGGUGAUGUGUCGCUUCAGACCGAUCAACGAGUCGGAGCGGAGCCGGGGCGACAAAUACAUCCCCAAGUUUAACGGAGAGGACACGGUGGUGGUGGCGGGGAAGCCGUAUGUGUUCGACAGAGUCCUCCCUCCGAACUCUGAGCAGGUCCAGGUCUACGACACCUGCGCCCGACAGAUCGUUAAAGAUGUGCUGGGAGGAUACAACGGGACCAUCUUUGCUUACGGUCAGACGGCAUCAGGAAAGACUCACACCAUGGAGGGGAGUCUUCACGACCCGUGCUUGAUGGGAAUCAUCCCUCGUAUCACCAGAGACAUCUUCGACCACAUCUACUCCAUGGACGAGGACCUGGAGUUCCACAUCAAGGUCUCUUAUUUUGAAAUCUAUUUGGAUAAAAUCCGAGACCUCCUGGACGUGUCGAAGACCAACCUGUCGGUUCACGAGGACAAGAACAGGGUUCCCUUUGUGAAGGGCUGCACGGAGCGUUUUGUUUCCAGUCCGGAUGAAGUGAUGGACGUCAUCGACGAGGGGAAAGCCAACCGACACGUGGCCGUUACUAACAUGAACGAGCACAGCUCUCGCAGCCACAGCAUCUUUCAGAUCAACAUCAAGCAGGAGAACAUGGAGACGGAGCUGAAGUUGUCGGGGAAGCUCUACCUGGUGGACCUGGCAGGCAGCGAGAAGGUGAGUAAAACUGGAGCAGAAGGCGCCGUGUUGGACGAAGCCAAGAACAUCAACAAGUCCCUCUCCGCUCUGGGGAACGUCAUCGCCGCUCUGAGUGAAGGAACCAAAACACACGUCCCGUACCGAGACAGCAAGAUGACUCGGAUCCUGCAGGACUCUCUGGGGGGGAACUGUCGGACCACCAUCAUCAUCUGCUGCUCUCCUUCUGUUUACAACGAGGCUGAAACCAAGUCCACCCUCAUGUUUGGACAGAGAGCUAAAACCAUCAAGAACACCGUGUCUGUGAACCUGGAGCUGACUGCCGAGGAGUGGAAGAAGAAGUACGAGAAGGAGAAGGAGAAGAACAGGAGCCUGAACGUCACGAUACAGAAACAGGAGAACGAGCUGAAACGCUGGAGGAAAGGUGAGUCUGUACCUGUGGACGAGCAGCUGAGCAGCAGGAACAAGAAAAGCAGCAGUGAGACGACAGCAGUGACGGACAGCCUGGCCCCGCUGCCUGUCCCUCUACUAGAUGAACAGAAGACGCAGUACGAGACUCUCAUCACCGACCUGUACCACCAGCUAGACGACAAGGAUGAUGAGAUCAACCAUCACAGUCAGAAUGCCGAGGAACUCAAGCAGCAGCUGAUUGACCAGGACGAGCUGUUGGUGUCGAGCCGUCAGGACUAUGAGCGUGUGCAGGAGGAGCUGUCACGGCUGCACAGGGACAGCGACUCGGCCAAAGAGGAGGUGAAGGAGGUGCUGCAGGCGCUGGAGGAGCUUGCAGUCAACUACGACCACAAAAGCCAAGAAGUGGAGACCAAGAACCGCAGCAACAAUCAGCUGAACGAGGAGCUGGCACACAAAACUGUGAGUCUGGAGGCGGUUCAGAGGGAGCUGUCCACCCUGAACGAGGUCAGUUCUCAUCAUAAGAAGAGGUCAGCAGAGAUCCUCAGUCUGCUGCUCAGAGACCUCAGUGACAUCGGCAGCGUCCUCGGAACCACCGACCUCAAAGCUAUGACAGAGAUGAGUGGAGUAAUGGAGGACGAGUUCACCACAGCUCGUCUCUACAUUAGUAAAAUGAAGUCUGAGGUCAAAUCUCUGGUGAACCGCAGCAAACAGCUGGAAGUCAACCUGAUGGAGAACAUCUGCAGGAUGGAGGACAAUGAGAAGGAGCUCAACUCCUGUCAGCUGCUCAUCUCACAGCUCCGGGCGAAGAUUGUGUCUCUGACAGAAGACCUGCAUAGGGUCGAGCAGGAGAAGAGGAAGCUGGAAGAGGGUCAGGACGGUCUGAUGGAGGAGGUCGCCAAACUCAACGCUCAAGGUCAAAUGCACGAGGAUUCGGUGAUGGACAAAGAGAAAGAACACAUGAGCAGACUGAAGGAUGCUGUUGAGAUAAAGAGAACUCUGGAGGAACAGAUGGAGAACCACAGAGAAGUCCAUCACAAGCAGCUGAGUCGCCUCCGUGACGAGAUCGAGCAGAAGCACAGAGUGGUGGACCAGUUCAAAGAUGUGAAUCAGGCUCUGCAGCUGGAGAACCGGAAGCUUCAGUCUGAUUUGGACAAACUUAAAGCCGAGGACCAAAACAAAGGCCAGAAGCUUCAGAAGCUGCAGUUCCUGAAUGAAAAGAGAGAACAAGCCAAAGAGGACCUGAGGGGUCUGGAGGAAACUGUGGCCAAAGAGCUGCAGACACUGAACAACCUCCGUACAGUCUUCAUCCAAGACCUCAGCACGCGAGUCAAGAACAGUUCGGAGAACGACUGCGACGAGGCUGGUGGCAGUCUGGCUCAGAGACAGAGGAUCGUCUUCUUAGAGAACAACCUGGAGCAGCUCAGCAAGGUCCACAAGCAGCUCGUGAGGGACAAUGCUGACCUUCGCUGCGAGCUACCCAAGCUAGAGAAGCGUCUCCGGGCGACAGCAGAGCGAGUGAAAGCUCUGGAAGCUGCCCUGAGAGAUGCCAAGGAGUCGGCCGUGAGGGACCGGAAACGCUACCAACAGGAAGUGGACCGCAUAAAAGAGGCCGUGCGCUCCAAGAACGUCACCAGGAGAGGGCACUCUGCUCAGAUAGCCAAGCCAAUCAGAGCCGGACAUCAGCAUCAUCAGCACCCAUCCUCCUCUCCAUCCAUGAGACCGGCCAUCCGAGGAGGGGGGAUCAGGGCCAGUCCACGUCACCACUCCCCCCGACAGCAACCACCUCAACAACCGGAAAAACAACAACCCCAUCAGAGCUUCGUCAAGUAAGCAACAGGUGGUCUCACCGCUCUGCCUUUACUGGAACCAGACUCCUCGUUUGAAACAGCCAUCCCACCUUAAAGGCCAGCAAGUGCUUCUUCUGUCUUUGGCUUUUCAACCAAGUCUGUUUGUUCUGACCAAGUAAAUUCAGUUUGAUAACGAGUUUAAUGAAUAAAAUAGUUAAAAAAUGAGUAAAUGAUAAUGGUAAAUAAACUGAAUAAUGGCUUUGAUCAGUUAAAUAAUGAUGUUGAAUAAUGGCUUUAGGAAGUCAAAAUUGUUCAUCAUAAUUAUGUUAAAUUAAUUAAAUAACGGGUUUGAUAAACUAAAUAAUUAGUUAAUAAUAUGCUAAGUUGAAUUAGUUAAAUGUGUUUUAAAGUGGCAACAGACAACUUGCAUGAAUGUAUUUUAUUGUAUCGUAUUUUAUUGUAUUGAUAUUGUUUUUUGAUCUGCUCGGGAACUACAGAUGAAAAUGAGCUCAUGAGAUAACUCAUUUAAAUUGAGGUAAAAACAGAAAUAUUGAUUAUUAAGCACCGUCUCUGGUAAAUAGUGAAGAGUUUUUUUUUGUCUUCAUUGUGGCGCCGUUGGAUUGGAUGUAACAGAAUUUAUCAUCGUGAAGUUUAACCACCGCUCAUUUUAGAAGAAAAACGGCAUACAUUUUGUUGGUUUAUAAUUUUGAUAUAGUAAAUUAUAAACAACUUGUCUAUUGCCACUUUAUUGAGUUAAAUUAUGAGUUUAAUGACUGUUGAAUAAGUCAAUAUCUGCAGUUAGCAGGAGUUGAAUGAAAAUAACCUGAAUGGUGUUUUCUUUCCAUUCCCCGGUUAAAAGAUGAUCUAAAUCUAAAUGUUUAGAAAGAUAAAUCACAAGUUUGGAGUGAUGUGAAUUGAAGUAAUAAUUAGAUGUUGAGUAAACAUUUCCGCUUUUGCAUUCCAGCCAAAUAUCUCAAGAAUAUUUACAACAAUUUUGAAAUAAAAACAAUGUCUCAGAGGUGAUAGUGGGGACCUGAACCUUUAUAUAAAGCUGACAUAAUUAUCUUCAGUGUCAAUAACAGUUGGAUACAAUCAUUUAUGUCGCUGUUUACGUCAUGAACUUCUGUGCUUUGAGGAAUAUUUCAUUGUAAUAUAUCGUUCACACUUUACACAGAAAAACAAUAACAACAAUAAAACAAUGUUCAUCAUCUGAAAACUGUCCCAUUAGGAAAAGAAAUACAUGAACAGUUAGGAAUAAUAAAAUAAAACCACAUAUAAUGAAGAACUCAUUUUAAUGUACUGUUACAGUUACAAUAUAAUACAAAACAAAAAAGUUACAUUAUGAUGACAUAUUGUUGAAUUAAAUAAUAUAAUGAUUAAAGAAAAAAAGUUAUAUAUAAAUUAUGACUUUUCUUCCAAAAACACAAUUUAAACUCAAUGACCUGAUUUAAAGAUUAUAUAUAUAUAUGAAUGUAUUGUGACUUUCCUUAGAAAUUCACACAUAUAUAUACAUAUUUUUUCAUCUUGAAAAUGAACAUUUUUGCCCUAUCAAUUAAGUUGUAAGCCGUACAUUGAUGUACUUUUAUUAUUCCUAACAUGUUAUGAUGUUUUUAUUUCCCUGGACUGAAUGUUUUAUCAACCUGAUAGUGUUUUUUAAAUAAUUCAUAGAUUUAUUAAAUGGAUUUCUUUUUUACCUUCAUCAGCUCAGAUUGUUUCUAUCUGUGUAAACUUUCUACAGUGUUGAUGUGCUCUAAGUGUUGUAACUGAACUUUAU